AUGUUGCCUGUAUAAUUCGUAAAAAUUUACAUUAAUCAUUUUGGUUUUAAAAGUGAAAUUUUGAAACACAAUUUAGAUGGUGAGGAGCUGCUGCUGAUGAUGAGGAUGAUUGUAGGCCUACUGUUGAGCUCAAUAUUAAAUUAUCUCCUGGUCACCAUUGGCAAGUCCCUUUAAAUGUUAUCUUCAAUGUAUACCUACGUGUUUGAGAACACACAAAAUAAUGAUUAUCAUAUUGUCACGGUUAAAGGUUAAUUGUACAGGUCAGAAAAUGUGACUAUUACCGUAAGGAAAAGAUUUCACAAUGCAAUACUAUUACAUUAUAUAACUUGGAUCAAAGCAGUUACACAGUUCAAACUCUCAAAAUGGCUAAAACCUAUUCACCAACUUUACGAUGGACUAAUAAUGAAUUUGAGAAAAGUCCAUCUAUAGAUGUACUUCCAGCCACAGAUGAAUUUAUUUUCACCCUUCAAAACAACAAACUAAGUUAUCUGCAGAGAAAGUUUUAUGAAGACAAUGGUUACCUUGUCAUCAAAAAUCUGGUUUCUCCUUCAAAAUUAGAUGUGUACAGUGACAGGUUUGAAAAGAUUUGCAGAAAAGAGGUGACUGUGCCAUUCCUGACAGUCAUGAAAGAUAUUGCUGUGACUACAUCCGAAUUUAUACCUGGUGAAAAGGCCAUAGCCAAAAUUCAGAAUUUCAUCCAUGAUGAGGUUUUAUUUGAUUAUUGUUGUCUGCCUGAGUUGGUAGAAUAUGUGGAAUGUUUCACAGGACCUGAGAUUGAAGCCCGUCAUACCAUGUUUAUUAACAAACCACCAGACACAGGCAGUAAAACAUCACGACAUCCCAUGCACCAAGAUCUACAUUAUUUUCCAUUCAGACCCACCAACAGAAUCGUCUGUUCAUGGACAGCUAUUGUGAAAGUGAAUAAAGAAAAUGGUUGUCUAGUGGUGGCACCAGGAACUCAUAAAGGUGAGCUGUUACCACAUAGUUAUCCUGAUUGGGACAAUGGUGUCAACAAAAUGUACCAUGGGAUACAAAAUUAUGAUUUGAGUCAACCGAGAAUUCAUCUGGAAAUGGAACCUGGUGAUACAGUUUUCUUUCAUCCUCUUCUCAUACACGGUUCAGGGGUCAACAGAACCCCUCAUUUCAGAAAGUCUAUAUCCUGUCAUUAUGCAAGUAGCAACUGUUACUAUAUAGAUGUCACAUGUACAACUCAAGAAACCAUUGCCAAUGAAGUCAAACAGUUAGUCAGAAAACGCCUAGGUAAUAAUGAAAUCAAUGUUUCAUUUGCUGAUGUGUGGAAACUGAAAAGUCGAGAAGUGAAAGGUAAAGAAAAGGUACGAGCUAUGAGUAGACUUUGAUUUCACUAAUUUUCAUAAUAUGCCAAAUCUGUUAUUGUGAUCAACAGAUAUGCCAAAUACAAAGUUUGAUAACAUUACAUUUAUGCCUACAUAAACAUGAACCAAAAUGGACAUUCCUGGAUAAUUCAGUAAAUCUCUAUCUUAACAAUAUCAAGACCUAUAUUGGAUACUGUUAGUGAUUUGACAAUAUUGUGCUGAUAAAUUGGAUAAUCAAUAUUUUUAGUGCCAAAUAUUCAGGCAUGAAAUGAUGAUGUAAUUUAAAGGGCAUCUUCCAUUAUCAAGAUAUUAUUGUGCCUGUGAUUUAAAAGAUAAUGUUGGAAUAGUCAUAAAAACUAUCUACAAGUGAGGCAAUUAAAUUUAUGCCAUGCCCAUUUAUUAUUGUAAUGUUUUGUGAAAUUCAACAACUGCUAUAAUUUUACACUUUUAAAGAGAAAUAACACUCUUGAUUUCAAUGUUAGUAACAGAAACCCCCAUAGCAAUUGAUUACUUGAUUAGUAGACAUUUCAAUCUACUUGGCUUGUAUGUGUAGUUCACUUAUGAACUUUCACUCUACAAGAUUUUUCAAAUUGUUCAAGGUCAGACAGAAAUCGUGGAAAAUCAACACAGGGGGCGGAUCCAGGAAUUUUUGCAGGGGUGGGUGGGAGUGUCAUGUUCUUGAGACAAUAUAUCUCCCCACCCCCCCUCCCGCAUGGUCUCUAUCGUCAUUUUGACGUAUAUACAUACACAUUGAGCUUUUUAAACAGAGAAAUUCAACACCUCGUUUGACGUCAAUUUUUAUUAUGAAUUAAUACAAUGACAUUGUGAUUUAAUUUCAUGGACGCAAAGCAUUAAUUGUGAUAUCACAUAAUGUUUAUAUCAUUAUCUCGUGCUUUGAGUGUCCAUCCUGUCCCAAAUCUGACGAUAACGGAUAAAGCACACGACCGAGAAACCUUUCUCAUAAAAAGUGUUGAUUUACCAAAAAGUUUAUGUAGCCGAGCAGGGGGGGGGGGGGGUCGACCCCCCCAAACCCCCCCUCUGGAUCCGCCCCUGUCAACAGGCUUCUUCAUCUCAUGAACAUAAACACUGUGUAGAAAUAUCAAGUUAAUCAGAUGAUAACUUUAGCCUCGAGAGUGUCCACAAGAUUUUUUAAAUUGAUCAAGGGUGACAACUCAGAGGGUAAUUAUGUGAUUUGUUGAAAAGAAAUGGAUUUCUUUUUUGCAUGUGUAUAAAUUUAAAGUCGGAUGAUAACUUUUGCUUACAGAGCAUGCAUAACAACCUGGACGGAUAAACCGAGUGACCAGCGGAUGGGGUGACAAUAUAUGACCACAUUUCAAUGCAGGCGUAUAAAAAGGGUUAGGGUUAUCAUUAUUAUUUGUGCCAUUUGCAUGUGUGCUAUUAUUAUGUUGAAAAUGUUUAUAAGAUACAAAAAGCAGAUUUUGUUAAAUUAAAUUAAGAUAGGUUGCCAGGCAACAAAACAUACGACCACAGCAGCUAAAUCGUCCGGGCAGUCAACAAGAGUUGUCGCAUAUUUUUACUUUUUUCGGUAAUGAAACAUUUAUAAUACACUAAAAUCUGAUUAAACCUUUCAUUGCGUCUA